AUGACGACCAAGACGGCGCCACACUCGAGCGGCCCGUCAGCAAAUCAUAGCAAUUCACAGGCUGAAAGAAAGCGACAGCGGACGGCACGUUCCAAACAUCGUCGAGUACAUCGAAAAUGGACGUUAUAUGCGCCGCUCAGGAGCACUGAGGACCCAACCAUCCCUGUAUCAGUGUCCACGUUCCGUUUCAUGUCCUUCAACGUCCUCGCAGAUUAUCUGGUCAAACAGAACUAUCGAAAGACCGACACUGCCACAUACCGUCAGAAAUAUGACUGGAUGCAUCGUCGAGAGCGUCUACUGAGGGAAAUUUUGCACUGGUCACCACACGUGGUGAACCUUCAGGAAGUGGACCACUAUGAAGAUUUUUUCAAGCCGAGAUUGGAAAAAGCGGGCUUUGUGGGAGUCUACAAGCGGAGGACUGGAGAGACCACGCAUGAUGGCUGUGCAAUUUUUGUAAAGAAAAGCAUGUUUCGCAUUGUGACGUCGCACGAGAUCGAGUACCGCGUACAGGAUCACCCUGUACUCAAUCGUGAUAACAUUGCAUUGGCAGCAGUGGUGGAGAUCAAGUCCGACGCCAAUGGGUCCGUUCCAGCUCGCUUUGUGGUCGCGAACACGCACUUGCUAUUCAACCCAAAUCGUGGUGAGAUUAAAUUGGCUCAGCUGGAUAUGCUAUUGAAAUACCUGACGUCACUGCGGCAACAACAGCAGCAAGUGCUGCCGAUUCUUCUCGCGGGGGACUUCAAUAUUGCCCCACAUAGUCCACUUUACCAUUUUCUGUCAUCAGGAAAGCUAGAUGCGUCUGUGUGGGCAAUUCUAAUUGCACGCUGUUUUUCUGAUGACCAGAAAGCAUCUCGUGUCGUAGAGAAUGGACAAACUCGUCACCACGGAAAUGGUACCGCUUUUGGAAAGUAUAACUGUGACCGGGUUCAGCGAAACGACUUUCGAGAUUUUAAACCCAACACUUUGUACGCGCAUGAGCUUGACUUGGCUAGUGCGUAUGCCCAGUCACCCGAUGACAGAUGCACGGGCGAACCAAAGUUUACGAUAUUUCAUAGCAGCUCCAAGGGUGCAGUAGACUACAUGUGGUAUACUCGGACCUCGUUGCACUGCCAUGGGGUUUUGGAAAUGAUCCCGGCUGGGGUCUUGUUCAAAAACGGCGAGCUACCUACCAUGGAACAUUCGAGUGAUCACCUGUCGCUUGCGCUGAAUACGAUUCAUCCAAUAAGUGAGGAUGUACUGCUCAUCCUUUGUAAUGAGGACAUUCCAACUGCUCCACACCUUGUUCGAGGGCGGCAGCAUAAUCGGGUCGCGGUGAACGUAUAUCAUGCUCUUGUGGUAGUGGAAACGCAUGAGAGAGCGGUAAGCCUUUUCGCUCCAACGAAGCAUCUUGGCGCUCUCGUCGGCAUGGGUAGCCAGCACGACAUGAUCGCACUCGAUGCGCUCGCCACCUUCAAGAAUCACAGCCUUGCCACCCUUUAUAACCUUGGCAACAGUAGCAUUGUAGCGAACGGUACCAUUGUACUCUUCGGUGAACAACUUGAGAAAGGGCUCAAUGUAGCCCGAGCCAACGUACCACCAAAGUUGCUUAGGGCGAUCAGCAGCGAAGAAACUGCGUCACGGGCAAGUCAAGCACAUCGUCCUUCGGAACCGUCCAGAGAAUGGCCACGAAAGCCAGGAAGUAAUGGCGAAAGAACUCAUUCGAGUAACGACCCUUGGCAGCCCAUUCACGCGUCGUAA